AUGACUGAAGAAAGCAGUCGAAACAACGCAACUCCGCCUCAACCCAGGCGCAAAAGAAUGAUUGUUGCCCUCACCGGUGCUACUGGCUCCAUCCUCGGCAUCAAAACCUUGAUCGCAUUGCGCCGCCUCAACAUCGAAACGCACCUCAUUAUCAGCAAGUGGGCAGACAGCACCCUCAAGUACGAAACGAGCUACACCGCCACCAAUGUUCGUGCUCUAGCGGACCACGUUUACAACAACCACGACAUGGCCGCCCCAAUUGCAAGCGGGUCCUAUCGCGUUGACGGCAUGAUCGUCGUGCCAUGUAGCAUGAAGACGCUCGCCGCGAUUAACUCGGGUCUAUGCGAUACGCUCAUUGCGCGAGCUGCGGAUGUUAUCAUCAAAGAACGCCGGAAGCUAGUACUUGCGGCUCGCGAAUGUCCCCUGAGCGGCAUACAUCUUCAGAACAUGCUCUCUCUCACCCAAAACGGCGUCAUCAUAUUUCCUCCAGUCCCGGCCUUCUACCAUAGACCGGCAACAAUAGACGAAAUUGUGGAUCACAGUGUGGGACGGAUGUUGGACUUGUUCGACUUUGACACCCAGGACUUUGAUCGAUGGGAUGGAUUUCAAAAGGACUAA